UAUAUGUAUACACACACACAUCUAAUGUCAAGCCACAGUCAAACUUUUAAUUUGAUCACGUUUCUUACACAGACAACUAUAGUGAUCUCUGCAAGAAGAGACAGGAAUUCAUAAGGGGUCAAGACAUCUGGCAAGAAGCACCCAAGAGGAAGAGUAAGCCGAACAGCAAGUGGAAAGAUGUUGAAGAGGAGGAUCAUGAAGUUCCACAAAAAAAGAAAAGAAAAAGAGCAAACUGUGCAGAAAAAGAGUCCGCAAACCAAAUGAUUGAAGAACCGAAGAAGCAGCUGGCAAACAAGGUAUCUUCAGAGUUAACUAACUCAACUGAGGAGUCAUCAGAGGAGGAGCAGAUGCCCAGAAACUGGAGUGUGGCACAGCAGAAAAUGAAAGAGCUUCAGAGAGAAAUCAAGAGCCUGAAAGAAGGCCAUGUGAAAGAGAUACUAGAUUCCAUGAGAGAUCUUCCAGCAGUAGUAACUCAGCUGAAAGAUGUCAUCGAAAAAAUCACAGUUCAGAUCUCAACUCCUGCAUCCACCUGGUCAACACCCACACCACCUGUAGGCCCAUCAGUUUCUGCACCCAGCUCUCCUCAAGUGUUUUCUGACCCUGAUGAUAUGGUGCUUCUUGUGCCAGGCCAUGAUGUAAAAGUCCCAAGACGAAAGCUGAAGUCUCUGCGGACUGCAAGUUCAGCAUUGUAUAUUGGGGAUCUUGCGGUGCUCAUCUACGGUAGAGAAACACUGUCGAAUUCAAGUUUGACCGGGAGGCAGUCAGGGGCUCAUAAAGAUGUGGAGUCAAAGCCACCACUGGAUAACACAAAGCUUGAUGCUAUACUUGUCCAUGUCCAGACAAAGUUCCCUGACACCACCAUGCAAGAUGUGAGACGAAUCAUAAGAAAGAAAUGCAACAAUAUAAGCUAUGCCAAGCAAGUAACGGAAAAGAAGUAGAGUUUUGGUUUCUAUCAAGUUUUUUAUUUUUUGUUCCAAAGAUGUGCACUUUUCUUUUACCUUUUUUUUGACAAGGAGGGACUUAAUUUCUCAGUUAGAGACACUAUUUUGUUUACAUUUUUACAAACAAAUGCACAAGUUUUCCUUUACCAUUUUUGACAAAAAAGGACUUAAUCUUGGAGAGACUAUUAUGUUUCCAUUUUUACAUGCAAAUGUGCACUUUUUCCUUUCAUUUUUUCAGCAAAGGACUUGAUUUCAUAGAGGCUCUUUGUUUUUGAAAUGCACAUCUUUAAUGAUUUAAGUGGGUAUUUGUAAAUAUGUUGUAUGUAUUGAAUAUGUUAAGUUUUAAAAUGU